AAUUCACGAGAUUGCUUAAACGACCAAAUCUGUAUUAAAGAUACUUGCAGACUAAUGUGCACGUCAAACAAUACGUGUCCCGAAUCUUAUUAUUGUUCAAACAGAAUAUGCAUGAAAGAAAUAGAAUGUUUAAAUAACGAAGAUUGUGCAGACGAUGAACAGUGUACUGAAGAUAAAAAUGGAAAGCCUCAAUGUAUAAAAUUAUGUAAAAAUCAACAAUGUGGAAGAAAUGCUUUUUGUACUGCUGCCUCUCACAAAACAACUUGUUCUUGUAAAGAAGGAUUUUUCGGUGAUGCGGUUCAAGGAUGCAAAAAGAUUGAAUGCAGUACAGAUAAUGACUGUUCUAACGACAAAUUUUGUGAUCAUAAUAUGUGUAAAAUUGCAUGCUUAGCGCGAAAUCAUUGUGGACAAGAUACAAUAUGCUCAUCUGAAAAUCACCAAGCUGUUUGUUACUGCCAACCCGGUUACAUGGGAGAUCCAUUAAUAGGUUGUAAGAAAAUCAAUUACUGUGAAUCAAAUCCAUGUAGCGAUGGAGCAGAGUGUAAAAAUUCAAGAAACGGCGCUCUUUGCUCUUGUCCUGAAGGCACAGUAGGAGAUCCGUAUAAAAAAGGUUGCCAAAAAGGAUCCGAAUGCCGUUUUAAUAGAGAUUGUCCAUCGGUUGCACGCUGCACGAUAAUCGAUGGUAUUAGGAAGUGUACAGAUGCCUGUGAUAACGUGAAAUGUGGAUUAAAUACAGAUUGUGUAGCUGCUAGACACACAGGACAAUGUAAAUGUAAACAAGGAUUUAUUGGCAAUCCGGUUAGUGAAAAAGGUUGCCGACCUCAAGAAAUUACUUGUAAUAAAAAAGAAGAUUGUUCCGAAAACCAAUACUGCCACAAUCAAAUUUGCAAAGGUCUAUGUAUCCAAGAUGAAGAGUGUGCAUCUGCGGAGAAGUGUGUCAAUGGGCAAUGUUUAGAUCUAUGUAAAAUGGAAAAGACUUGUGGCUUAAAUGCAAUUUGUCGUACAGAAAAUCACAUCGUUCAAUGUAGUUGCCCAUACAGAUUUACAGGAAAUCAAGACGUUGAAUGUGUCAGAAUUCCAAGGCUGUGUGGGGGCUCAGGCGAAUGUGAAGAUGAUCAUAUAUGUCAGGACUCCAUGUGUCUACCAAACUGUAAUAAUGACGAAGACUGUGCCCAAAACGAACGAUGUUCUAAAGGAGCUUGUUUAUUAACUUGCCGUGUUGAUAACGAUUGUUUCCUUGGACAUAUAUGUUUAGGAAAUAGUUGCCACUAUGGUUGUCGACACGAUGAUGAUUGCGGACCUGAUGAAUUUUGUAGAAAUAAUUAUUGCCGAAACCCUUGUGCGGAAACUGUUAAUCCCUGUGGACCGAAUGCUCUGUGCACCGUAGUUGAUCGAAAAGCAUCAUGUUCUUGCCUUGACGGCUUGAUUCCCAAUCCAACUCCAAACGUCGGCUGCGUAAGGGCGCCAUCUGCUCCUUGUCAAAUGCACACAGACUGUGCCUCUGGAUGGAGAUGUGAAGAUGAUCGAUGUAGACCUGCUUGUACUCCUGAUGGAACUGACUGCUUACAGGGAGAACGUUGUGAUUUAGGCGUAUGCCGGUUUGCUUGUAACUCUGAUGAGCACUGUUCCGAUGGUGAAAUAUGCGAUGGCAGAUUUUGUAUUACUGGUUGUAAAUACAACUCGCAUUGUUCGAAUGAUAAAGCAUGUAUAUCUGGACAAUGUGUCAAUCCGUGCACACAACCGGCUUCGUGUGGGGCUAAUGCACUCUGUUUAACGAAAGACCAUGAACCAAUCUGCAGUUGUCCAUAUUCUUUAGCGGGUGACCCGAAAGUUGCUUGCCGAAGAGUACCUGUACCUUGUAACAGGGAUAAAACUUGUUCUGAAGGUUUCAAUUGCUAUGGAGAUACAUGUUAUCCAUCCUGUAGAAGUGAUGGUGUUUGCAUGUCUAAUGAAAAAUGUAUACGUGGCAUAUGCAGAGUUGUUUGUAACAGUGAUGAUGUAUGUAAUGAUGGUCAUAUUUGUGAAAAUAGAAUAUGUAAACAGGGAUGUCGCCAUGAUAAUGCUUGCAGUGAUGAUCAUUCCUGUAUUAAUGGACAAUGUAAAGACCCAUGUAAGGAAAGUAAUAGUUGUGGUAUUUGUGCAGAUUGCAAAGUGAUUAACCAUAGAGCUACAUGUAGUUGUUCAAGUAAUUAUACCGGAAAUCCUUUGGUGGAAUGUAAGAGAAAGCAAUUACAAUGUGAUGGGUUCUGCCCAUGUGAUGAUAGUGGAUAUUGCAUAGCUUUAUGUGAUAACAAUUCUGAUUGCGAUUGUGGUGAAAAAUGUUACAACGGUGGUUGUAGGGUCAUGUGCUCUGCUAGAAAUAAAUGCCCGCAAAGGCAAAUCUGCUCUCAAGAGGUAUGCUUACCAGGAUGUAACAAUAACAGAGAUUGUGGAGAAGAUAUGAUAUGCUCUUCAAAACAAUGUGUUCCCGUUUGUCGAGAAAAUUCUUGUGGAAAAAAUGCUGUUUGCAUAUCAACGCGUCACCGCCCUGUAUGCAGUUGUCCAAGUGGAUAUUCCGGUGAUCCUAUUAAGGAAUGUAAAUCCUAUGAAUGUUCUAACAAUGACGACUGUGCUUUAGACGAGGAGUGCAAUUCUGAGGGUAAAUGUAGAAACGUUUGUUUAAAUGCAUGUGGAAUAAAUGCAAUUUGCAGAUCUGUAAACAGAAGCCCACAAUGUUCUUGUCCCCCAAAUUUUAUUGGUAACCCGAAACAUGAAUGUUCUAAACCUACAUCGGGUUCGUGUUCGAGAAAUCCAUGUGGAGUAAAUGCCCGUUGUAGAGAUAUGGAUGAUGGUAAUUAUGAAUGUACUUGCCCUCCUGGAUGUGCAGGCAAUCCUCAACAUCAAUGUUUCUGUGGAACUAUGGCGCCAUGUGCUCACAAAGUGUGUGGUACUAAUGCACAAUGUAGAAUUGGGCAAAAUCGAGAAACCCAAUGCUAUUGUCCCCGGAACUAUCCAAACGGAGAUCCAAAUAUUGAAUGUACUCAAGAACGUAGCGUAGUUGAUUGUCGAACAACUGGUUGUGGUAUUAAUGGCGAAUGUCUAAGGGAAGGUGCUGAGUUUGUUUGUCGUUGUGUUCCAGGCACAGAAGGUCAAGCUGAUAUUGAAUGUCAUACUAGUAUCGAAUGUACGAGCGACAAGGACUGCCCCGUGGACAAGGCAUGCUUGAGUUUACACUGCGUUGACCCGUGCACGGUGCGUGGUGUAUGUGGUGAAGAUGCGCUAUGUGCUUCUGUAUUGCACCGAGCGCAUUGUUCGUGUCCUCAGUGCUACGUGGGAAAUCCGAGACAGUCUUGUCGACUGGAUCCUACUUGCAAACCGUCGACAGAUUUUAAUAACACUUUUACAUGCUCCGAAACAAAACCAUGUCCAUCUAAAUUAGCUUGUGAUCUUGCUUCAAACCUAUGUAAAAAUCCAUGCUUGGAUUAUCAUAACUGCCGAUCAAAUCAAAAGUGUGAAGUUCGCAAUCACCAACCAGUAUGUGUUUGUCGAAAUGGUUUCGCUUUAAACGAAAGAGGAGAAUUAACUUGCGCCCCCGAGCACGCAGAAUGUACAAGGGAUGAACAAUGCCCAUCGAAUGCAGUCUGUAGAGAAACUAAAUGCGUGAAUCCAUGUUUAGCAUCACGAGAACCAAUGUGCCCUAAAGGGAAACAAUGUGAAGUAGUAGAGCAUCGUGUUAUGUGCGUAUGCCUCAAAGAUUGUCAGGCAACGGUAUCUAUUUGUUUAAGAGAUAAUGGAUGUCCUCAAAAUCUAGCCUGCCGAGAUUUCCAAUGUAAAGAUCCAUGCAAAGAUGCAUGUGGUGAUGCUCCUUGUUCAGUUGAAGACCAUCACCCUGUUUGCAAGUUUUGCCCAUAUGGAUUCAUACAUGAUGAAAAACACGGCUGCAUUAAAGCUUUAGGAUGCAGUGCGCAUGAGCAAUGCGCUUCUGGACAAGCUUGUAUUGAGGGUCGCUGUUCUGAUCCGUGUGCUCGGGGCGGCCCAUGUACAACUGGACAUCACUGCGCGGUUGUUGAUCAUCAACCUGUUUGUUCCAAAGUAUGCCAGUGUCAAACUUCAUCUGACUGUGCGAGAUAUCCAAACACGAAAUGUGACGGCUGCAUCUGCAUUCGUGAAGAUAAAGUAUCGACAAAUUGCGCACAUUGCCGACCAGGUGUACCGUGUGAUCCAUUUUCUGGCGCCUGUAUGGAGAAUGCUCGGCCUUUACAUGUCCCACUAACCGAAACGAACGCCGAUACUACAACAAUACAGUACACGAUAUCUGAAUUGAAUACUAAUAAUUACGACUCGACUAUAAUGACAAAUAAUGCAAUGCUAACAGAUAAUGUUAAUACACAAACAACUGAUAGUUUACUAAAUAAAAUGGAGUCAACUAUCAUUCCUUUCCAAAUGAAUUCGAUUGUAACAGAAUCAAAUGUCGAUGUUGAAGAUACUACCUUUUCUUCUACACUAAUAACAGAUAGCUUUACAAUAAGUACGUAUCCUUCAGAUCAAACGCUUGAAACUAAUAGUGAAGAUAUAGAUACAAGCACUCCAAAAGUUAUAAUUAAUAAUGAAAAUAAGAAAGAAGUGACCUCCAUGAAAAUGGAGUCAACAAUUAUUCCUUUGCAAAUGAAUUCGAUCGUAACCGAAUCAAAUGUUGAUGUUGAAGAUAGUACCUUUUCUUCCACACUAGUAACAGAUAGCUUUACAAUUAGUACGUAUCCUUCUGGUCAAACGCUUGAAAGUAAUAGUAAAAAUGUAGAU